GCUCACCAUCCUUGCAUGGUCAUCAGUAGGCUCAUCAUCGUCAUGUGUGUUUUGAUUUUUGGACCUGGACUCUGUAUUGCUGCAUAUUAAUUGUUUCAAAACUGGAUUAUAAACCGUGACCGUGACUUAAUUUUCCAGAAAUUAUUAAGGCUGGAUUACUGAUCAUAGUGACACAAACCAGGAAUCUGCAAAACUGGAUUUGGAAAAAAAAAAAUGAUGACUGUAAUCUGAAAGCUUGUUUAUUCUUCAUUACAUCAGCAGUAACCAAGACCUCAUAAAGCUGGAUUUCUUGUUCAGCUGGACUCCUUUUUACUGUGGUAACAGUAUCCAGGCUUGUUAGACGCUGACUUGACCAUGCUGUACUUCCAGGUGGUGAUACUUGCAGCUACAGUGAUGCUGGUUUACUACUGUGAGUUCACUGACACUUUCAGUCCAGCAAAGCAGGGCUUCAUCUGCAGAGAUCCCACUUUGACCAAACCCAAUCCUGGACCUGAACAGAACAGCCGCGUACCGCCUGUAAUACUGUACUCGGUGGUGAGCGGACUCCCUGUUGUACUGAUUUCCGGGGUGGAAGUAGUUAUCUUCCUCUUUCACUACAACUCGAACAACCUUUAUGAGCAGGAAAAGGUUGUUGUCAUGGGAGACUGUUGCUAUGUUAACCCUAUGGUGCGCAGGACUGUCCGUUUCCUAGGUGUCUUUGUCUUCGGUUUGUUCACAACAGACAUUUUUGUUAGUACUGGUCAGAUGGUCACAGGAAGCCUGGCUCCCUACUUCCUGUCUGUGUGUCAGCCCAAUUACACUGCUCUCGGCUGCCAGGAUACGGCGCUCUUUGUCAGCCAGUCAGAUAGCUGUACCGGUGACCCUCAUGACAUCUUCAGAGCUAGGAAGACAUUUCCCUGCAAAGAGGCUGCACUCAGUCUGUACUUAGCUGUUUACUUGGCAAUGUACAUCAUGUGCUGUGUUGGAUCCAGAGCAGGGCGUCUGGCUGGGCCCCUUGUCAGUCUCUCAUUGGUCAGUCUGGCUCUGCUGACAGGUAUCAACAGAGUGGCUGAAUACCGUAACCACUGGAGCGACGUUAUCGCAGGACAGGCCACUGGGGCUGCUAUCGCUGUCUUUCUGGUCGUGUUUGUGGUUCAGUAUUUCAGAAAGAGACCUGUGAUUCCACAGAGCCCCUCAGACUCAGGCACAGCUAACACUGAUGAGGCCUGCCCUGAAAUCAAUCACAGUGUGGACACCGGUGACAAGAGUCCAGGAUCCUUCACAGAAGUCACAUGACUAUGACAGACCUCCCCCUCACCCAACCACAUCAUGGCCAAGGGGGAAAUUGACAUCUACAAUUCUCUGUCAUUUGCGGACCUUUGUUUUUGAGAUCAGUCUCCCUUGUUUUCAUCCCCAUUUCCUGUCAUUUAAGAAUCAUUGCAACUGUCCCAGGGAGAAAUGUGACAGGUAAAAAAGUUUAUUGUAAAUGUUGUAUCUGUUUUAAAAAUGACACUGGUGUGGGUAUUGUAGCAGUAAUUGUAAUUAAUAUAUGAUUUGUUUGUAUAAGGUUAGUAUUUGACUUGUUGAUUCUAUGUAAAUUCAGAGUGUACACGUGUAGCAGCAUUAUUUAGAGGCAACAUUUCAUCCUGUGUUCGUGUCGAGUUUGAAACACGUUAAAACUGUGUUGCAUCAUGGAUCACAGGAGUAAUCCACAGGUUUUAGGAACUUUUAAAGUGGGGAAACCUGAGUAAAACAAUAAUUCAUAUUAGACAGGGACUUUAUGUUUAUUUACUAAUUUCUACAGUGUAGGACAAAAUGGAAGACUUUGAUACUGAAGAGAUCACCAUCACCAUUUAAUCUUCUUGAAGGAGUUCCCUGUAGUCUUCAUUCAAGCUUGUCUCAGACUUCUCACUUGAGCAUAGGUGGGCUAUUGUGUGCUCCAUCAUUUUACUUCCUUUGCUUUGAGGUGUGCUUUUGGCUAGAAAACCUCCACAGUUUUCUUUCCACCAAUGGCUCUCUGAAAGCAUGGAGCCAGGAAGCAUCUGCACAGAAGAAAGUCAGGUAGGUCUAAGGCAAAAACAGAUGCAGUCACAAACACAGAGCAUCAGAAGCCAAACCACACUACCACAGCACAUGCAACGACUGUGGGAUUUCUUCAGCUUUAAGUAGCAGUUGAAUUAUCAUCAGAUCGCACAUAUGUGGGUGAUUACCAACUGCUGAGGAGGUGCAUCAACAAGGAAGGCAGGAAGGCCUCGCCUCUGGAAUAUACAAGCAGUGUUACCACAAACACACUCAUAUGCACACUGAAAGAGGAGAGAGUGAGAGCAAAAGGUGGAGAAACAGAUAAAAAAUGGUAGGUCAACACAGGUGGACAAGGAGACCACAGCACUAUACAGACAUUAUUGACAGAUGGAGUUCAGUAGUGUUACAGCUUUCUAGAGGAACCCGUUUCAGUCUGUUUGUGCGUACUUGGAUAGUUCAGAACAAAUGGUGUCCAGGCUGUGUAGAGUUUUUGUGGACCGGAGGUGGUACCUCUGUGCCAAGAAUGCUUUGUGCUGUUUUCGUAACACACUGGAGGGCAUUUGUGUCAGCUUUGGUGCAGCUACGUUACCAGGCAGUCAAACAGGCUGUGAGGAUGCUCUCUGUUGUGCAUCUGUAGAAGCAGUUUUAGGGGAGUUUGGCUCUCUUUAGCCUCCUCAGCCUUCUAUGGGCCACUCACUGAAAUACUUUGAAACUCAAAAUUUUAACCUUCGAGUGUUAGUGGAGGGCGGAAGACUUCAUUACUUUUGUGACAUUAAUUUGCAUGUAGAAAAUCAGUGAAGUCAAUGAAGUUACCAUAUUUGAUUCCUCGCCCCUGAGUAAUAAAAAGAUGUGUAUGUAUAAAAAAUACAAGGAAAACACUGUAUGGUGAAAGGAACAUGUGUUUUAGAACAUUAUAACAGAUUCAUUACAGCGUCACUUUUUAGACCAGUUCAACAUACACAUAAAUCUAUACAACAUAAGGCUUCUUUCUUCAUGACUACAUGCUUCUUAAUCUUACUGAGGUGCAGGAUGAGCGUCAUGAAUAAAAUGUGGGAAAUUACCAAAAAUAGUCACUUGCUCAAAUAAAGACACUAUUGUGCCUUACCCAGGAAAGGCACUCUGUGAUGGUGACCCCCCCAGGAACCUGAGACUGGAGAGUCUCUCCACAGUAUCUCUAUUAUUGUGCAGUGGUGUGUGUAGUUUUCUUUGUAGUCCUGAAGUUUAUGACAAUCUCUUUUGUCUUUGUAAUGUUUAAGACCAGCUUAUCGUUUGAACUCCAAGAUGACAAAUUGUGAACCUUCUCCCUGCAUGCAUCAUCUGCAAGCUUAACAAUGGUAUUUGUACUGUAGAUAGGUUGACAGUUAUGUGUGUACAGAUCAUACAGGAAGGGGCAUAGCACACAGCCUUUGGGGGAAAACAGUGCUCAGAGUGAGGAUGGGUUAUGUGUGACUGCCCAGCCUGAAGACAAAGGGUAGGUGGUGAGAAAAUUUAGUAUCCAAUGACAAAUGGGGGGGGGGGGGGUGUCGGUCAUUCCUGGUGCAUGAAGUUUGCCCACCAGCUUAUUUGGAACAAUGGUGUUAAAUCCCAAGCUGUAGUCCAGGAGGAGCAUCCUGACGUAAGUGUAGGGUUUGCCUACAUGAGAACCACACAGAUGCCAUCUUCAGAUCAUCUGUGUGGUUGGGAGACAAACUGGUGUUGAUCUGGAUCAGCAGGGAUGGAUUCUUUGAUGUGAUUGAGUACCAGUUGAAGCAUCUGGAAACUCUCAGGGUAAGAGCAACUGUCCGACAGUCAUUGAGACAACUUACUGUAGAUUUUUUGGGCACAGGCACAUGGUGGAUUUGAGAAAUGCAGGUACAGCGCACAAGGACAGAGAGAGGUUAAAGAUGUGUGUGAAGCAUUGAUGAGGCUCUGACUGGAGCUGCUGUAAGUUAUUGCUUCCUGGGCUGGUACGUAAUCUUCCUUUACAGGGAUGGUUCUCAUGAGAGCCAGCUUCAGCUCACUUGAAAUGCUUUAAGUUUUGAGUUCACUAGCUAAUGUUCAUGUCUUAAAAUGUCUUUUUAAUGUUAAGCACUUUGGUCAGCACUCGCUGUUUUUAAAUGUGCUAUAUAAAUAAAGUUGGCCUUGCUUGGCUUGGCUUUAAAAAUGACUGGGAAAGGAAUUCUGCCAGCUAAUAUUUGGUAAGACUUAACCUGUUAACUAAUAACUCUAAUAGGUGAGGCAAACUGUAAUGUGAUUAUAUGAUGUAAUUCCUUCUCCAAGGCAAGAAUCGUGGUGAAGGUGUGUGAUAGGUGCUGGUUUGAUGAUUGCUUUGUCUUCAGAUGGUAGAUGUUAAAACUAUGAAGGUGAAUUUAAUUAAACUGAACAGAAAGGUUGAAUUUGAUUUAAAAUUGUAACAAUACUUUGGCCUUGGCGGAGAAUGCACUCUGAUUUGUUACUUCUGAUGUUUUCACCCUUUGCUUCAAAAUAUAUGAAAUAAAAAAUGAAGACAACCCUUGAGUGAGUAGGUGUGCACACACUUGACUCAAAGUCUUUUAGGAUAUUUAACCCCCUAAAUCAUCAUAGGUGUAAAACUAUCCCUAACCUAACUCUAUAUUUUAGAUAAAGGCAAAACUGACUUUUUGGGGGACAAAAAUGAAAAAGUUUAUGAUGUGUCAGUCAGUGUGACUAUUUAAUAAAAACUAAAAUUACAUAUAGUCCAGGGUUAGAGUAGUCACCAAUGAUGACUUAGACUUCAAAGGGUAAAAAAAUGAAAAUAUCAAUAUUGUGUCAAAAAUACACAUAUGAUAAAUAAUAAGUAAUUCUGUAAUUUUUGUAUGCUUUUGUACAUUUCAAUCAGACAUCU